UCUCACUUUGUGUUUGAAAAGGUUUGCAGAGCUAAACUAACAAAGUAAAGCAAGGUAGCAGAUAGAUUUUGAAUAUAGUGCGCUCCAACGUUCAAACUGGGACUAGGAUCCUCGUGAUCAUCAAACGGUCACAAUUCGAUUUUGCAUGUGAAUCUCUUUAAAUCGGUUGAGCUCCGGCUCUGCUCUCCACUCUUCUCUACUCUACUCUACUCUAUCAAUCAUCACAUAUUGUUACUAUAAAUAUGAGACAAAAGUGUUGAGGGUCUUACAACCACAUUAUAAUUAGCCUCAGACACACUUCCUUCCCAUAUGUAUUCUUCAUCAUUAACCCUUGCUCCCUACGUGAAGUGAAGUGAAGUGAAGUACCCACAAGGAAUAUAACAAAUCAAACCCACACUGCCAUGUUUCUUUCUUGUUCACUUUGCUACUUUUCUCUGUCGCUGCUUUUUUCCAUCAGCAACUUUAGUUUUUCCAUCUAGCUAGCUCUGUCAGCUCAGAUCCCAACUUAACUCCUCUCCUUCCCUUCCGUUCUAUUGCAUGACAUUUUGUCUGCAAAUUCUUCUCUCCUGAAUCCUGAUCUCGAUCGAUAUUCUACACUCCAAAAUGUUACUUGUUCUGGGCCUGACUUCCCUGAGAUGGGUAAUAAUGCUUCUGCUGAUAUUGUCAGUGUCCUCCUCCUCCUCCUCCUCUUCCUCAUCGUUGCCGCGGCGGAGAGAAGAAGAAGCAGCAGCAGGUGUGUGCUCACAAGCAGAUAGAGCCGCCCUUCUGAGCUUCAGGGUCAGAAUCGUCAAGGACACAACCGACAUUCUAUCUUCAUGGACAGGCACAGACUGCUGCGCAGGAGGAUGGGAAGGUGUCGAGUGUAACCCAGCUGGAAGGGUUACUGUCUUGCAGUUGCAGAGCCCUGCGAAUAGGGGGUACAUGAAGGGCACUCUCUCCCCUUCUCUCGGCAACUUGAAUUUCUUGGAGGUAAUGGUAAUCAGUGGCUUGAAACAAAUCACAGGUCCAAUUCCCGACACCUUCUCCAAUCUUGCUCACCUCACCCAAUUGGCCCUCGAGGACAAUUCCCUCCAAGGGAUCAUUCCUUCGGGUUUAGGCCGUUUGUCCUCCCUCCAGAGCCUCACAGUCGCUGGCAACCGUUUCAGGGGUCAGAUUCCGCCAAGCCUGGGGCGUCUUACCAAUCUUGUCCAACUCAACUUAGCAAGAAAUUUCCUCACAGGUCCAAUUCCAACCACUUUUCAAAACUUUCAUGCUCUGCAGUAUCUUGAUCUCAGCUUCAAUAUGUUAUCUGGGCUCAUUCCAAGUUUUGUAGGGCAGCAUCUUCACAACCUUACUUUCAUUGACCUCUCCAAUAACCAAUUUUCUGGUCAAAUGCCUAUUUCCCUCUUCAGUUUGCCCAACCUUUUGGACUUGUCCUUGGACCAUAACCAACUGACAGGGAUCAUUCCGGUCCAAGUUGGAGGCCUCAAAUCCCUUACGAGUCUUUCCUUGAGCAAUAAUCACCUUAACGGUCAUAUUCCAGCAUCCAUUUCAAGUUUGCAGAACCUUUGGCACCUCAACUUGUCCAGAAAUGGGUUUUCAAGUCCUUUACCAGAGACUUUUGCUAGGGGCAUCCCUUCUCUGUUGUCAAUAGACCUUUCUUACAACAAUCUCAGUCUAGGGACUGUUCCAGAUUGGAUCAGAAGCCGGCAACUUAGAGAUGUUCAUCUUGCCGGUUGUCAACUGAGAGGAACCCUCCCAAGCUUCACAAAGCCCGAGUCUUUGAACUCCAUAGACUUGUCGCAUAACCAAUUUACUGAUGGAAUUUCAAAGCUCAACCUCACUAGCAUGUCAAGCUUGCAGAGCCUCAAGCUCUCAAACAAUCAACUCAAGUUUGACCUUUCAGAAAUUAAAUUGCCAGACACCAUUUCUCUAGUUGAUUUACACUCAAAUCAGCUCCUUGGAUCUCUCUCGAGGAUCUUAAGUAACAGGGGAAGCAGCUUUAGCUUUUUGGAGGUUUUAGAUGUAUCAAACAAUCAAAUUUCAGGUGGCAUUCCAGAGUUUAGACAAGGCUUGAGGCUUAAAGUAGUCAACAUAGGAAGCAAUAAGAUUGCUAGUCACAUCCCCAUUUCAGUUUCAAACCUGAUUCAACUCGAAAGGUUUGAUAUCUCAAGAAACCAGAUAACAGGCACUAUUCCCACAAGUUUGGGUUUGUUGGGGAAACUUCAAUGGCUUGACCUCUCCAUCAAUGGACUCACCGGAAAAAUCCCAACAAGCUUAUUGGGUAUUCAAGGUCUGAGACAUGCAAGCUUCAGGGCAAAUAAGUUAUGUGGAGAGAUCCCAGAAGGGAGACCAUUCAACAUUUUUCCUGCAGCUGCUUAUCUCCACAAUUUGUGCUUAUGUGGCAAGCCUCUACCACCUUGCAGAGGAAAGAAUCAAAAUAACAAGCAGAGAAGAAUGACUCCAGAAAUAGAAAUGAGCCAGUAAAAUGCUGACUCACUUGCCCAAGAUUUGCGCACAGUACUAUUGGAGCAUCUUGUUGAUGAGAUAUAAGCAAGAGCUAGUCAACUGUUAUCCAUAUUUAUAGCUAUCUUAUUCAUUGCCUUCAUCUCUUCAUUUAAUUUAAGGAAAAUCUAAGACAAA